AUGAACCGUCGAGCAGGAGCCACAGACAGGCACGCCCUUCUCGCAGGCGGAGCCUACCCCACCUCAUCCUCCCUCUCCGCCUACCGCUCCUCUUCGCCCUACGACAGCAACCCCUACCCCUCCACCUCCUCAAACGGCUCCUCCUACCCAUCCUCUUCCUCCAACCCAUCCGACUUCAUCGGCGCACCCAAAAAAGAACCCCCUUCCACAUCCUCCUCCUUUUAUAGUGAUGGAACCUUCGAUCGUGCAGCAUCCAACUACACCGCAACUCGGACGGCAGAAGAUCUGGAAGAACAAAAUGAUCAACGACUCGAUGGUCUAACCGCCCGAGUAUCCAUGCUCAAAGAGAUCACUUUGAACAUUGGAACAGAGGUCACAGGUUCAACGAAAGAUCUGGCCUCUUUGGGAGAGGCGUUUGAGAAUACAUCAGCCUUCUUGGGAGGGACGUUCAAAAGGAUGAAUAAGAUGGCCAAGAGGCAGGGAGGGUGGUUCUGUAAUAUGAUGUUGUUCUUGUUGUUCGUCACUUGGUUGUUCGUCUUCUUAUGGUGGUGGAGACGAUAA